GGCGGGGCUCCGGGAGGAGCGGGCGAGGCCGGGGUCGGCGCGAGCCUGACACCAUCAUGGCGGCGCGGCAGCUGCUGAGGGCGGCUCCGGGGCGGCGCGGCUACAGCGGCGCGGGCGCCGCCGAGUUCCUGCACCGCAGCAUCGUGCCCACCAUGCACUACCAGAAGAGCCUGCCCAGACUGCCAGUUCCCAAGCUAGAAGAUACAAUUAAGAGAUACCUGAAUGCCCAGAAACCACUUUUAAAUGAUGAUCAGUUCAGGAAAACUGAAGAACUUGCUCAUGCCUUUGAAAAGGGGAUUGGAAGAGAGCUGCAUGAGCAACUGGUUGCUCAAGACAAUCAGAACAAGCAUACAAGUUACAUCACAGGUCCCUGGUUUGACAUGUACCUAAAAGCACGUGAGCCUCUUCUUUUGAAUUUUAAUCCAUUUAUGUCUUUUAAACCUGAUCCGAAACCAGAGUACAACGAUCAGCUCAUACGAGCUACGAACAUGACUGUUUCUGCCAUACGUUUUAUGAAGACUUUCAGGGCUGGUUACCUUGAACCAGAGGUUUUUCACCUCAAUCCAGAAAAAAGUGACACUAAGCUCUUUAAAAAAAUUAUCAGAUUUGUGCCUUCUUCAAUUUCUUGGUUUGGUGCCUACAUGGUUAAUGCUUACCCCCUAGAUAUGUCUCAGUACUUCAGGCUUUUCAAUUCUACACGGAUUCCUAAGCUCAGCAAAGAUGAGCUUUAUACAGAUGAAAAGGCAAAACACUUAUUAGUGUUGAGAAAUGGAAAUUUUUAUGUGUUUGAUGUUAUUGAUAGAGAUGGAAACAUGCUGAGACCCUCAGAAAUACAAGCACACCUGAAAUACAUCCUUAGUGACAACAGCCCGGCCCCGGCCUUCCCUCUUGGCUACCUCACCAGUGAAAACCGAAAUACAUGGGCAGCGCUGAGGAAGAAUCUACUGGACAAUGGCAAUGCAGAAGCUCUUCAAAAAGUAGACUCUGCCAUGUUUUGUUUAACUUUAGAUGAUUUUCCCAUUAAAGACUUAGUGCACUUGUCCCACACUAUGUUGCACGGAGAUGGUGCAAACCGCUGGUAUGACAAAUCCUUUAGUCUUAUCAUAGCUAAGGAUGGCACUGCAGGAAUUAAUUUUGAGCAUUCCUGGGGAGAUGGUGUGGCUGUGCUCAGGUUCCAGAAUGAGAUUUUUAAAGAUAGCACCACGACACCAGCCAUCAGCCCCCAGUCCCAGCCUGCUUCAGUUGACUCUUCCAGAGCAGUGCAGAAACUUGACUUUAAGCUGAACGAUGCCUUAAAAGCAGGGAUUACCAAAGCCAAAGAGACAUUUGAUGCCACUGUAAAAUCACUGUCUCUUAACAUGAUUCAGUUCCAAGAAGGGGGCAAGGAGCUUCUGAAGCAGAAGAAGGUGAGCCCGGAUGCUGUGGUUCAGCUGGCCUUCCAGAUGGCUUUCCUGCGCCAGUACGACCAGACUGUGGCCACGUACGAGUCCUGCAGCACUGCGGCGUUCAAGCACGGCCGCACAGAAACCAUCCGGCCGGCCUCUGUGCACACCAAGAAAUGCUCUGAAGCCUUUGUCAAGGGACUCUCCAAUCACAGCACUGGGGAGCUGCAGGAUCUGAUAAUGGAGUGCUCCAAGUACCACGGCCGUUUGACAAAGGAGGCUGCUAUGGGCCAGGGCUUUGACCGGCACCUGUUCAGCCUGCGCUACCUGGCCUCGUCCAAGGGGCUGCCGCUGCCCGAGUUCUAUCAGGACCAGGCCUACGCCCGCCUCAACCACAACAUCAUUUCCACCAGCACCUUGGUGAGCCCGGCUGUGCAGAUGGGAGGCUUUGGCCCCGUGGUGGCUGAUGGCUUUGGAGUAGGGUAUCAGGUACAAGAUGACUGGAUAGGUUGUAAUGUUUCCUCUUACCCGGCUAGGAAUGGUAAAGAGUACCUUCAGUGUAUACACAAGUCACUAGAAGAUAUCUUUAAUGUUUUGAAGGGCAAGAAAAUUCGUAGUUAGACAUAAAGACAUUGGAACACUUUACAGUUGCAGAACAAAAUGCAGAUUAUGUCUAAUUGACAUACUAAUUAAUGUUCAGCAUGGAUGAGACUGCCCAGCCUAACUGGGUUCAUCUAUCAUCGCUGAACUUGAAUACUGUUAAAUUCAGUAGGAAGUGUCUAUCCAUUUCAAAGAAAUCAAUUACAGACACUGAAUGCAUUUCAGGAAAGACAGACAUGAACUACAUCAAAUUAAGUAACAGUUCCAUGUGUUCUUCAAACACAUAAUCUAAAAUAAGCAUUUUUAUUGAGUUAAUGAACUUGGAAUACCUGUGUUCCAUGAAUGUUUGGACAGACUACACUACUGUGAUACCGCUCUAGAACUGUUUGGUUUUAAGAAAAUACAUGCAAUAAUUUUAAACAUGGAAGAGGGGUUCCAUUUGCACUCUUGCAGUAAGCUUGCUUACUAACUUAUCUCUUUAAACUUGAAUUUAUAUCAGAACUGAUUGUGCCUCAACUGCUUGAAGCCUUUUCACUAUAACAGCUUUUAGAGACACAAAAAAUGAAAUGGGAGGCCUUAAGAAACCUGCAGUCACCAAAUGGGUUGUUAAACUGACUGGAAAAGAUUGUAUUUUAAUAAAGCUGUCUGUUAGUAACC